AUGGCGUGCCUAUUUUUUUUUCUAUUACUCAUCCAUGGCUCGCUAAUCAAAGACGUAUUUUUGUAUUUUCUUGUGCUACUACCGCGGCAAAGAUGGGUUUCUAGUUACCCCCAAGUUCGCACACGCAAGUGUGCUGUACAAAUCGUUUUAAAAAUGUUUGCCAUCAUGGCGUCCUCACCGAUCAGCUCCAACUUACGACCACAACCAUCAUCUACGGACCUCGACACCACCCCCUCCCACACAUCUGACUCAAGGCUUGUAUUUGAAUCUCAGUCCAUCAAACAACUGAACAAUGAGUGCGAGCCUAUGGGACUGGUCGCUGGCCUCGGCCGACGGCCUGCUCACCACUGAAGAGUGCUCUUUGCUGCUCGACGCCGAUAUCCUCAACACCGACGAUGACCUGCUCAAGACCUUCCCCACCGCGGCGACGAAGCUCGAGGACGGGCUCGAGUACGCGUGCGACGACGUGUCCUCAUCGCUGUACCCGCCGUCGCCGCCGGAGACCAAGCCCUCGCGCUCCGAGCUCGCCCACGACCUGCUGCUGCAGCUAGACAACUCCUGCAAGCAAGAGAACAUAUUCUCGAACUGGCUGGAGGAGAAGGUGGAACUGCCCAUCUUUGAGGCGAUCAGCCUCGCGCCGGCGCCGGCGGCCGUGGCGGUGGCGCCGCGCACCGACGACCUGCUGCGGGAGUUCGAGACCGUGUACGGAGCCGUCGAGCUCACGCACCUCACGCCGCCGCAGAGCCCGCCGCUGCCCGCCACGCAGCUGCUGCAGAGCUACGCGCACCUCGCCGCCGCCCCCGCGCCCCCCGCGCCCGCCCCCGCCCCCGCCCCCGCCGCGUGGCCGCAGCCCGACCUCGAGCGCGCGCUGCAGGACGUGGACGAGCUGGUGCGGCGCCGCGCCGAGCAGCUCACGGACAGCGGCGCGUCCUCCCCGCGCUCCUCGCCGCCCUCCUCCCCGCGCUCCACCAGCGACGACGAGUGGGCCGCGCCCGCGCACCGCGCCAAGCCCUACGCGCGCUCCGACGACCGCCGCUCGCGCAAGAAGGAGCAGAACAAGAACGCGGCCACGCGCUACCGCCAGAAGAAGAAGGCUGAGGUGGAGGUGCUGCUGCAGGAGGAGGCGGCGCUGCGCGGGCGCCACGCCGCGCUCGGCACCAAGUGCAGCGACCUGCAGCGCGAGAUCCGCUACCUGAAGGGCCUCAUGCGCGACCUGUUCAAGGCCAAGGGCCUCAUCAAGUAGCGCGCCCGCGCCCGGGCGCACCGGCGCCGCAGAAUUCAACACGACAGAAGUCCUCAAAGUUUUAUUUUGUUUUACUUUCCAUUCACGUAGAGUAAGCUAAGUACGAUCUUGUAUCACGUCGAGCAGCAAUCAUCACUCAUCAGAUAGUCGAGGGACACAUCUAAAUGUAAGUUCGGGUGGCGCCAUCUUAUCAUCUUUUAUUUCUUGUAUUUAGACGAUAGGUCGCAUUCGUUGUUAUGAAAAUAUGAAAUCAAUCAAUUACAAAUCAAUUAAAUGACUAUUAUAUAUUUUUGACAUGAGAACUUAAUUGUGAAAUAUAUUGCUACUGUUUCGAAUUAAGAUUUGGUCCGUUAGAGUGCAGUUGUCUAUCCAUUAUAUUUUCAUGCAAUAUAAGCAAUGCGACGGCGGAA